AUGGCUGCCUUUUUCGAUGCUGACCUGUUCGACUUCAACUACAUGUCUGCUGAAGGCGGAGGAGGCACCGAGACUGGCGCCGUGGGCGCUGAUGCUGGCGACGUUGAUGACCAGGACGUUUUCCCGGGCACCGGCGCGGCAUCGAACUACGACGACGAGGACGACGAACACCUGGAGGAUGACGAUGCUGGCGGCUCCCGAGCGACCAGUACCUUGUCAGGUGAUCCUUCGGCGAGACGCAGAAAGAGGGGCUCUCGCGGAGGGGCCAAGACACCGGGCAAUUCUGCCCCGGCUUCUACGACGCCACGUUGGCGCUCUGGUGCGGUGCCGACUGCACCCAGCUUCGACGGCGACAUCGAGGCUCAGCCGUACUGCCUUCGACACUACCGGCGCAGGCUUAUGCGCUGGGUGAGAAUCACUCGUGAGUUUCUUCCUCCGAAUGAGCAGGCUUUGAGGGCAUUAGAACAACUACGAGGUGAAGCCGAGCAGGAGUUCGAGGAGAUCGACGACUCAAAGUUCGACCACCCUGACGGGAUUUCUCGCUUGCUGGCGGACUUGGAGGUCUCUUUUGGCGAGAGAGAGAUCUUUCGCCAAGGCGGCUCGAUCAGGGAGUUCGAGUCGAUCGGCCGAAUGCAGGGCGAAAGCAUCACUGCUUUUGUCAGAAGGUUUCGCUUGCUGGAGCGAAAGUUGGCAGACAACAAGGUGCCGCCUUACCCGGAGCAGGCCAGGGUCAUUAAGCUUCUCGAUGGCCUACGGCUCGAUGAGAAGAGCGCGUCAGCUCUUCUUUUGGCGGCUGGCAACAAGUAUGACAUGAAGGCGAUCUUGGAGGCCAUCCGCAUCCAGUAUCCCGCCGGCAUGUCUGUUACAGGGAUUCCCAAGGGACUGGCUUCCUUGGCUACAUCGUCGCGUUCAUCGACUGCCUCCCGGUCUACUGUGCCUUCGCGCUCCUCGGCUUCCUCUACGAGGCGUGCGCCCCGAGCUCGUGGACGUGGCGGCAGAUGGACCCAGUGGCAAACUGCCGCUGAGGAUGAUUAUGCUGAAGAACCACAAGGUGAAGAAUGGCCAGAGGAUGAAGCUGAGCCUGCGGAAUCACCGCAGGAAGAGCAGGACGAGCCAGGUGACGGCGAGUACAACGAGGAGGCUGAGGAUGACGGCACCCAGGAGACUGCAGAGGCGGACACCUGGGAGUAUGAGGACGCCACGAACGAGGAGUAUGACGCCCUCUACACGAUGGCCCAGGCCUUGACGGUGACUUCGAAGAAGCUCUCGAGCAUGAUGCAGGCUCGCGGGUUCUACCACGUGGACCCCAAAGGCAAGGGCAAAGGCAAGUCCGUCCGCGGCAAGGGCAAGGGCAAGGGCAAAAGCAAAGGAAAGCUUUCUCCGAAGGGCAGCAAUCCCACGAUCCCGAAGGGCAAAGGCAAGACCAAGGGCAAAGCUGGCUCUGAUCCGCAACGAGAAGCUCGAUUGCGGGGUGCUCUUUGCCUGGGAUGCGGCUCAUCCGAGCACUGGGUGAAAGACUGCCCGACGAUGUCGACCUUCCAGGCCCAGCUAGCGACGGCCAAUGUGGAGAUGGAUCCAGAAGGCAAUCCCUUUGUCUCCUGGAUGAUGACCGCGACGCCUGCCGAGGAUAAGUUGGAGAUCUGCUACGAGGUCCCCAGACCACCGCCGGUGCUUCUCACAACGUGCCAGGAUGCUUCGUUCUUGAUCACUGACACUGGCUGCCAAAGGCAGGCAUUGGGAGCUGUACCUGACCUAGUUGAAGGGCGAAUCGUUUUCAAGGCGCUCAACAAUGCAGUCACCAAGCUUUACUUGUCCCCUUGUGGCCACCUCGCUUUGAAGAUUGAUGAGUGGCCCCCGCAUGAGUUCGCUUGGCCAAUGCCUGAUUGUCCACCUUUUGCCCUGACCGGACCUCCUGAUGCAUGGUGUAAGGGCGCCUUCUCGCCGAAGCAGGUGAAGCUCGAGACGUUUUCAUCCAAUUCGAUUUCGCGCCCUCCGCCUCAUGCCGCCACCAUCAUGGCUUGUGCGCUGGCAGAUGCUGAUGGUGCGCUUCCUGGAGUUUGUGACCACGGUGACGCAGUGCUCAGGCACUUCGCACUCCCGAGCUCGGCGGCAACCAUGCUCUCUACGACGGCGGCAAUGGCGGCACAGAAGGCUUUGGGUCAGGACCGCUACCUGAAGUCUCCGGAGGAUUGCCAUCACCCAUCGGGUCUCCGGAAGUACGCGGCCUCAGGGAUGUCCAUCAUGAUCUGCGACGUGUGCGGAUACAGGGCAGUGGUGAACUCCACGACCGGCAACCUCGUACCGGCGACUCCGAAGGCCACCCCGAGUUCGAAGACGCCGCCCCGCAAAAGCAAAGGCCAAGACCGUCGCAGCGGCCGCGCCCAGGAUGCAAUCCCCAAGCUCCUUGCUGCCCUCCUCAGCGUGGUUGCGGGCAUCUGGUCCGCCAAGGGACCACCGCCUCGAGCGCCUCCCCAGAUCUACGCGAUGGACUCGGAUGGCUCUCAGAGACCGAGGCAGUGGCGGGCAAUGAGCCGUGGAUACGACUCGGACAACAUGAGUGUCUCGAGCAGCCAGCCCCCGGCUCCGGAUCCACCCUUUCGCUCCUGGAAGGAACAACGUCAACACUGGCGACAACAGGGAGAGGAGCUACUGGGGCCGGACCUGCUGACUCCGGCGUUGGGCAUCGAGCCGGAGGAAUGGGAGCUUCAGGACUGGCAGGAGGACAUCCUCGCGGACGAGGAAGCCCAGGACGAGGAGCGCCAGGACACGGAGGAGUUCGGCUGCUUCAGCUUGAAGCAAGGGGACAGGAAGCGAUUGAAGGGAGCAGCCCGGAGUUUGAGCUCAUUAUGGGAGACGGAAGCUGGUGUCUAUGAGAGUCGAGCUCGAGCGGGCCGUUUACUUCGCAAGCAUCGGGCUGAUGUUGUCGAGGUCUACGGUGGCCAUGCCCACUUCACUGAGUAUGCCAUCGAUGCGGGCCUACGUGUUCUUCAGCCCAUUGACGAGAUCUACGGCCAGAGCUUGCGUACCAAGGCGGACUUCGACCACCUUCGGUACUACCUCCUCAAGUGGCUGCCCUUUGUCGUGGUUUGGGAACCACCGUGCACAUGGUGGUCGCCUGUUCAGCGCCUCAACUACACCUCCGACGAGCUCAAGGAAAUGAGGGCACAACAGGAGCGAGAGCUGAAGCACAUGGUUGAUAUCAUCCUCGAGCUCCGCACCUACGGGGUUCACUUCCUGCUCGAGAACCCCUACGGCACGCCCUUCUGGACUUGUGAUGCUCUGCGCGAGCUGAUGGCCAAGCCCGAGGUCCAGCUUCGUAAAGGCCACAUGUGCAUGUUCGACAUGCGCACUCGACAAGGGCAGCUUCUCAAGAAGCCAACAGGCUGGCUAAGUGACCUCCCAGAGCUGCUGGACUCCCUUGCGGUAGAGUGUGAUGGCUCUCACGAGCAUGGUCAAUGUUUGGGCGGCUCCGUGACAAAGCAGGCCCAAGUGUACCCGCCAACUCUGGCACGCGCCUUUGUGAAUGGCGUGCUCCAGGCUUUGCAUCGAUGUGGGGAUGAGCGCUUUUGUACCAAUGUUCAGGCGCAUGCCAGCUCCAUCGAUCAAGUGGACACUUGGCAUGCGGAUGGAGAGACUGUCCAAUCGGUCUACUUCCUCGACAUUACCCGGCACCAAGAAUCGUGGCUUCCCCUUCUAAAAGAAGCAGAGUCCCGGCUGAAGGAUUUGGUUUCUACGACGGUGACCUUGAAGCCAUCGCCUUACCUGGAGCAGGUUCGCUCCCUGGUGCCGUGGACUCUGAGCCGCGUACAGAUUUGCCGCACGCCCAAACAGCGGAGAGUGCCGAAUGAUGUGCUGAUGGAGGGUGCCACUCACCGCGGCGCCGUGCUCUUGAUGAACGACGCCACUGUGGUGAUGGAGGCCGAGGUGUUGAAGAAGGUCCUCAGCUCCCCCUCGGCCAAGUUCGAUCGUCCUGUUAAAGUGGGCAUUUUCUUCUAUGGUGUCGCCCCUUCAACAAGCUUGAAUGAGGAGGACGACGCUAAGCCUGAGCCUGCCAAGGCCCCAACUCCAGGCCCAAUGCAGCCCGACGAACAGGACGUUAUGCGCCCCCAUGAGCCCGGCUACCGCGAUAUCUCCUUUCCGGGCGUCACCGAUGAGGUGCCCAGAUGGAUGCGCGGAGUUCUACGACGCCUACGUGUGAAUCUGGGACACCCGGCAAAGGAAACCCUUGUGCGGCAGCUGGUUUUGGCCAAUGCUUCAAGUCUGGCCAUUAAAGGUGCACGUGCCCUUCAAUGUGAAGUUUGCAGGCGGGUGGCACCACCUCGAGAACCGCGACCCGCUCGCGCCUUCCAUCCUCGAAGGUUCAAUGACCGGGUCUACUGUGACAUCCUUUUCCUGAAGAAUGUCCAGGGUGUGCAACACAUGUACUUGAGUUGUGUGGAUGAUGCCACGUGUUACCAUGUUGCGCAAAACAUCCCCGACCGCCAGGAGACCACGAUUAUCAAGGCUUUGGUCGGUGGGUGGCUUUGCUUCUUUGGUGCACCCGAUGAACUCGUUCUGGAUGCUGAGGGAGCAUUCCGAGGACUCCGCUUUGAGACCUUGCAGGUGCAGUGUGGCACUCGCAUCCGGUGCAUUCCUUCGGAUGCUCACUGGCAACUUGGUCGUGCCGAACGCCACGGACAAGCUUUACGUUUUGUGGUGUCCCGGCUGGUGAGCCAAUUUGCUCCGACUACUGUGCCGGAAAUGAACCUCUGCGUGGUGAUGGCCACGCAUGCGAAAAACACCCUUAUCCGACGUGGCGGGUCUUCGCCCUGCCAGUGGGUGUUCGGCAGACAGCCGAAACUGCCGGCUGCUUUAUUAUCCGACGGCGGGAAUAUCGAAUCCUGCCAGCUCACCUCCGACAGCGAGAGAUUGCAGUUAAUCGAGCGUGUUCGCACGGAGGCCAUGGUCCACCACCACCGCUUUGAAGCAAGUCAGAGCCUCCGUACUGCCUUACUUCGCAAGUCCAGGCCCUACCGCGGUCCCUUUGAGGUCGGUCAGCGUAUCGCCUACUACCGCGUGAAGAAUGCUUUUGAUGGCGAAGGUUCUGUCGAAGGCUACCGCCUAGGCACUGUCCUUGCUGUUGACCUCGGCACCUCUGGCAAUAUCUGGAUCAAAAACUCCCGCGGCCGCAUUGUGCAGGCUGCUCGUGAGCAAUGCCGCCCUGUUGCCGGAGAAGAAGAGUGGUGGACACCAGACCAGUCGGAUCUGGACCUUCUUAAAAAUACUGACCAGGAUUUGCUGCCCAACGAGACUCCUGGUUUUGAUGUUCGUGGGCAGGCCCCGCCUGCGGCUGUUGCCGCUCGUCAGGACCAGGCCGCUUUGAAUGAGCUCGAGCGACAGGAUGCGCCAGCUGUUCUUCUCGAUGCGGACGGCAACCCGAUCGACUCACCGGCCAUGAUGAAUCCGGUGUUGCUUGUGCCUCCCACUCCAAAAGCGGCCAGGGCACCUUCGACUCCUACUCUGCAGGCUCUACAAGCGCCGGGUACGCCUCGACCGAGAGCUCCAAGGUCUCGAUCCCCGGCGCCUUCACGGCUACUUGCUCCACUACCACCUGUACCAGAAGGAGAAGUUCCUGCAGUCGAACCGCCAGCGUCGGAAUCUCAAAUCGAAUCACGCAGGGACUCUGGUUCUGUAGUUAGGAGUGAUCCUGCAGUCGGACCGCCAGCUUCGGAAUCUCAGAUCGAAUCACGCAGGGACUCUGGUUCGUUGACCCGUGGUGUGUCUUCAGCUACAGCUAGCAGCACUGGUCUGUCCAAGGAGCUGGCCAAGCUUAUGCAUCAGGAGUACCCAGAGCUUCGUGGUCUCAAGCGUGCCCCAACUGUCCCCGUCGAGGAGCUAGAACCGAGCCCAGACGCUGCUAGGCGCGCUCCGCUUCAACCAGGACCUAGCAUUCCAGAGAUGACAGCGCUCCCCGACAUUGCGACAGAUCCCUUACCGGAGCCCAUUUUGGAUGCUUUUCUGACCUACUGCCGAGACUGCGGCGAACAACGUCGCGAAGUUCAUGAUGGUCAGUCCGUUUGUGUUCGGUGCAACAGCACCCACCAGGUGGAUAGCCCCUUGCAAGUUCGGUCUUGGUUCGACGAGGCGCUGGAGAGAGAUGCUUUUGACACUCACUUCGAGCCUGCCCCCGGAUCUAUGGCGAGCUCCGUGACGGACCCUUCGCGGACUGAGCUUGACGAGAUAGACUACCGCCACAAUGUUUCUUUCAACUCUUCGAGUGUUACCUCUUCGCAAUUUUCCCAUCGCCUUCAGGUUCUACAUCGACAUGCACGCGGCGAUCAACAUCAUGUCGGCUGGGAUGGCAACCCGAAGGAGCUGCAGCUCUAUGAGUCGACUGCCUUCCUCACUGCAGCCCAUCACUUCGGCGACCACCGUCCGGCUACCUCCUCUACUACCUCUACGAGAAGACAAAACCGUUCCUUGUCGGAGACCGUGGCCAAGCGUCUCCUGGGUGACUGCGACUUUUCUCACGAUGCUUGUCACCAGCUGCUCGACACGGUUGAUCUUCCGUCUUCCGGCCGACAAUGUCUACAAGGCGAAGACGGCAACCAGGCUAUGACGCUUGGCCUCUACAGCCACGGCAACUUUUUCGGUUGUACCAAGGCCACUCGGAAGCAUCGAUGGCUGUGCCGGUACUUGAACGACUACCUCCGCUACCACGGCCUCACGGGAUGUACUACCAGUUUGAGCAUCAGCAAGAACACCCCUGCUGCCCCACAUCGAGACAACCACAAUCUGAAGGGCAGCCUCAACUGGCAGAUCACCCUCGGCAACUACAAGGGAGGCCGUACUUGGGUCCAGACAAAGGAAUCAGACGGUCGUACCGUCAACAGGAACUACUUCGGCGAGACGAUUCCUGGCUACCUGUGCAACACCAAGAAGAACCUUGUGUCCUUCUCCCCUGACCAGGUCCACGCCACCGAGGAGUUCCAGGGUGAACGAUGGUCCAUUGUGGCUUACACGAGCCGCUUGGUGACAGAGACAAGUCAAGCGGACCGUUCACGUCUCUGCAGACUUGGGUUCAAUCCUCGACCCGCUCGGACUUCGUACCCGACGACCUGUACUACGGCUGUGGAGUCUAGCGACGAGGAGAUCCGCGAACCCACGGCGCAACCCAGUUGGACCAAGCUCUCUGUCUAUGAGGCUCACCCGCUCUACGAGUCCGCGGACCAGAUGACGAAUGCCACCGGUGAGUUCGUGACGGGCAUGGAGAACAGCUCCGAGGACGGGAACGACGGCACCUUCGAAUCAGGCCGUGCUGCCCGCCAGGCCAAGAAGAAGGAGCUUCCGUGGAAAGCCAUGACCGAUGAGGAGAUACCGCAGUUUAGGGAAGCUCUGAAAGCCGAGUGGGCCGAGUGGACGAAGUGGAGUUCGUGUGUACCGGUUUGGUUGGACCCCAAGAAGAUUCCGGCCCACUUGAUCCUGAAAUCCAGGGUAUGCUUUCGCUGGAAACCCAAGGCCGAUGGCAGCUUCAAGCCCAAGGCAAGGAUAGUGAUCGCUGGAUUUCGCGACCCACAUCUACCGCUCCUCACACGUGAUGCGCCGGUUCUGUCCAGGGCUGGCUUCUCGGCCAUUCUCCAAUGGGCCACCACCUACGGUGUUCGACUGUGGAACGCGGACUGCAAAUCGGCCUUCCUGCAGGGGAAGGCAGAUACAGAGCGUCCGGAGCCGAUCUUCAUGAAGCCGCCGACUGAUCCCGUCUCCCAGGGCGCCAUUGACGAAUGGAGUUCUGAGUACUUGCUCUACAAGCUGAGUGCACCAGUUUACGGGCAGGCCAACGCCCCUCGAAGGUGGUAUCUGCAUGUGGCAGACAAGCUUCGGUCCUUGGGCUGGAUGCGGCACUCUCUCGAUCCGUGUCUUUGGAUCAAGCUCACUCCGUGUGGCACCAAAGUUGGAGCUGUGCUUGGACUACACGUCGACGACAUCAUCGUUGCCGCGCUCCCUGAGUCCGAAGCCGAGCUCAAGUCCGUUGAAGAUGCCUUCGAGUGGGGUGGCCCAUGGGAGCACUCGGACUUUGUGUUCAUUGGGCGCCGAAUCCGGCAGUGGGAGGACGGGACGCUUACGGUUGAUCAAGCCAGUUAUGUAGCCGAAGUCCCUACGACGAAAAUUACGUUGCCUCCUACCACUCCACUGAGCGACCAUCCGGAACUGGUGACGGAGUACCGCUCAGGCAUCGGCUCUCUACAAUGGUUGUCAGGUACGACACGGGGCGACAUUUCGGCAGAUGUCAGCCUGAUCCAACGAGCUCCUCGCGACCUCACCGUCGCCGACCUUCUCGAGAUCAACAACGUUCUCCGCUAUGUCCGGGCCACGAAUGAGACCUACUACCGCGUUGUCCCGGUGCCCUUCGACGAGCUGGUCCUGGUGGCUUACGCCGACUCCGGUUUCGCGAAUGCCCCUAACCAUCGCUCUCAAGGAGGAUUGGUUAUCGUGGCCACCGACAAGAAGGUCCUCGAGGAGACACGUCCGGCAUCCAUGAUGGAGUGGAAGUCUUUCCGACACCAGAGAGUUCUGCGAUCUACCUUGGCAGCUGAAGCCGCCUCUCUGGACCGCGCCAACGACCACGCCCACUACCUGGCCAUGGUGUUGAGUGAGCUGGUGGACCCCAACUUCAAGGCCACGAUGCAGGAGCGACCCUUGUUUGGCAUUCUCCCGGUCACCGAUGCUCGCUCCCUGUGGGACGCCGUGCACAGGCUCAGCUCAGGCCUGCAGGAGAAAAGGGUCGAGAUUGACAUCGCUGGCUUACGCCAAACCUGCCGGUCGCUGCGUUGGGUUCCUACGGAAGAGCAGAAGGCAGACGCUCUUACCAAGAGGAGCCGAAGCCUCCGUGACGGCUUCAGGAAGUUCAUGGAACGACCUAUGGUCACGUUGGUGGAGAGUCGUAGCGCAGACAGUGUGGGCCAGGGACAGGCGAAUGCCGCUUGGCGCAAUAAGGGUGCAUCAACCAAAGAAAAAUAG